CGGAAGUGGUGUGGACGGUGGGCGCCAUGUUUACUGAGGGCAGCUGGGGAUUUGGCUGGUGGGGCGGUUGUAGUGAUCGGUUCCACGUGUGAGACCCGGCCGCCACCAUGCUGCGCAGGGAGGCCCGUCUACGGAGGGAAUACCUCUACAGGAAAGCCCAGGAGGCCAAACAACACAGCAUAGAAGACAAGAAGCAGCGGCUGAAGCGAGCGCUAGAAGAGAACAGGCUCAUCCCCACAGAGAUCCGCAGAGAAGCCUUAUCUCUACAGAAGCAGCUGGAGUUCGAUGAUGAGGGCGGUGAAGGAGUGUCCUCCCAUGUGGACGAUGAAUAUAAGUGGGCCGGUGUUGAGGACCCAAAGGUCAUGAUCACGACAUCGAGAGACCCAAGCUCAAGACUCAAAAUGUUUGCUAAGGAGUUGAAGUUGGUUUUCCCCAAUGCCCAGAGGAUGAACAGAGGAAAGCAUGAGAUCGGGGCCCUGGUCCAGGCCUGCAAAGCCAAUGAUGUCAGUGACCUUGUGAUUGUCCACGAGCACAGAGGCAUGCCGG